AUUUCCGUGGUAAACACGGGUUUGCAUUGAGUGCGGGCUGACAGUGCACGCGACAGGGCCUACCUCCAGCGUCAUCCCCACGCUGCGACCCUGCAAAUUCUGUGUGAGGCGCGGCACCCUGAACCCAUUCCAUAGCUUCUUGCAAUCGCCCUCUCUUCAUCACACUUCUGCCCUCCUUCUCUUCGGUAUUAUCAGUAUCGACUCGACCAUUGCCAGCGUGUAUCACCUCAGUCUUUCUCGCAUCAGAAGCACCGCACGGCGACCUGUCAAUAAUCUUCCUGGCCAGUCCACCAACUCUCGAAACUCGAUCCUUGAUUCUCCCGAGCCUCAUAUCGCACUGCAUCGACAGCAUCACAAACAUCGGACCCUGAUGGUCGCGCGACAGGCGACGCCAUACAAACAUGGCCUUCAACUUUAACUGGUCGCCUCUCACGGCCGAUGCGGACUUUUACGCCCGAGCUCGCGAUCUUUUGACCAAUGCUCUCAAUAAAUCGCCCAAACCGCCCAUCAUUGUCGAUGACAUCCUCGUCUCCGAACUCAACCUGGGCACUGUGCCCCCGGAUCUCGAGAUCCUGGAGAUCGGCGACCUGGCAGAGGAUAGGUUCCGUGGAAUCUUCAAGAUGUGCUACACAGGCGAUGCCUUCUUGACACUCAAGACCCGAGUGCAGGCAAACCCACUCAACACCUACCUGGACUCGAAGCCAAGCUUCACAUCGCCCAAGCCUCUUGCUGCCGCUUCGGGUCUCACGAUUCCACUGUCAAUCACAUUGUCGGAGAUCAAGCUCUCAGCCUUCAUCAUCCUUGUGUUCUCCAAGCAAAAAGGUCUUACCAUUGUCUUCCGAAAUGACCCCCUCGAGUCUCUCAAGGUCUCAUCGACCUUUGACUCGAUACAGUUCGUCCGUGACUACUUGCAACGCACAAUUGAGCAACAACUGAGAAAUCUCAUGAUGGACGAGCUACCGGCGAUCAUUCAUAAGCUCUCAUUGCAACUUUGGUGCCCUGAUCAGGUUAACAAGGCUGCUGACGCACCGAAACCGGAAGAGGCCGACGAGGCAGGCAUAGACCCUUUCUCAAGUCCUCCAGAAGACCCCGUGGACUCGAACGGGAACCCAGUGGAUCUCAACACCCUGUCCGAGCUCUCUGCCAACGGGGCUGGCGAAAUGCAAGGGCUUUUCUCUCAGAAGAACCUCCUGCGACUGGGGGCCUUGACCGAUUCACACCGCACACUGUCACUCUUCACACCGGGUAUCAGUGACGUUGUGUUCCGCGCGUGGUCCGGCCGUGGGGAGGGCUCUGAUCACCUCACGCCUGCUAUCGGUACACCCAGCUUGUCGAGAACGCACUCGGCCAUUGUUGGCAACAGCACGACCUACACAUUCUCCGAUACAGGAAGUCAUGCACACGGCCACCUGCCCAGCAGGCCUUCUCUAGUCAGUCUACAGUCCGCCUCCGCAGGUAUGGCACUCGGCGUCGGUGGGCGUGCGCGGAGCGGCCGCAAGAAGAAGACGCGCGUAGUGAAUCUGAGACGGAAGAGAACCGAGUCGGCGGACAAUUCGGAUGCAAUGACCGAGACCAGCGCCUCCGACACGCUUUCUAUCGAUGUGCCUAUCUCUGAGCCCCUCCCGGCGAAUUCUAUCCCUGAGCAUCCCGAGGCUGAGACUAUGUCGGAUGUGGGGUUCGACACCAAGGCGCGAUUUGUCCGCGACGAGAAGAGGACAGUCGGUCACCAACCGAGCCAAUUGACUACCGAAGUCAAGUUCGAACCUGAAGAACCUGCGGAAGCAGCGCCAGAGCCGGUCUCCGAGACGGAGCCCGCUCUGCGUGGCACGCCGGACGAUGCCAAGCCUCGCAUGUUCAAACGAGCCAACUUGGGCCAUGAACGUGCCAGCGCGAGCUCCGACACAUCGUCUGUCAUUCUGGAACAAGCUUGGAUCAAAAAGAUGGCUGGCGAGAUUGCCACCCGCAUCUAUGACGAGAAGAAGCGAGGCGACGGUCCGGCUUUCCCCAACCAGACGUGGACUGAGCAUGAAGACGCCCCCCCUGCGUACGAAGCCGCCGCCCACUAAGUAUCCAACAAGUCUUAGCAUCAGACUGAGACGCCCUGUACACGCUGACACACUCCUUCAACUUUUUAUUUGUAUCUGCUUCAGAGCCACGUAUAGGCGUUUGUUGGUUUGGCACCGAAGCAUCGAGGCUGCGCCUCAAUUUUUGAUAAUGUUUACACACUGAGCGUUCGAAAGUAUUUGAGAGUUUUGACGAGCAUUAGACGAGCCGUCGCUGGGAUCACAAGAGUCGACCAUCAAGAUGGAUGGUUCUCGACUUGCGGGAGAUGAUUCACGUCUUUUGCGAGAGGAAAAAUUGGAAUUUGGGGUGUUUUCUGGUUUGAAAUUGCCAGUCCCGGGAGGAUACUUUAGGCACAAGGAAGAGGGAGUCGGGAAUCGGGACUGGCGUUUGGGAUUUUGACUGCGAGUACGUUUGUGUAGAUCAGUGUACGACAUGGUAAGGGAAGGGGACGAGAGUCCUAGGAACACACUCCAAUCUAUAACGUUGGAAAAAG